UGGGGUGGAGAGUCUCAGGCAACAGAGGCAGAAAGAGAGGAGAGAGUGAGGCAGAGGGAAUAGUUGCCUCCACAGGAACCCAGCCAAGGUCCAGUUCCACUCCCGACGAACCACGCCCCGGGGACAAUGGAGAUCACAAGCUCCCCCAACUACUGUGAUGGAGGUGGGGAUGGACUGUGAAGCAGAGGAGUACUAGUCUGGCACUGGUUGUUUGUGAAGAUGAAGUUCGGAAACAGCAUAUGUGUGCUGAAUGUAGGGGGGACCCGUUACGCAUUCACCAGUGAGGUGAUCAGGGAUUUCCCUCUCCGGCGCGUCAGCCGCUUACAUGCUUGCGCAACUGAGAAAGAGGUGCUGGAACUGUGCGACGACUACGACCGGGACCGGAAUGAGUUUUUCUUCGACCGCCACGCGCAGGCUUUUGUGUUCAUUAUGCUGUACGUGCGCUCCGGUAAACUCCGGUUUGUUCCCGGUGUGUGCGAGCUGUCCUUCUACACGGAGAUGCUCUACUGGGGGCUGGAGAGCGCACACUUGGACUCCUGCUGCCAGAAACGCUUGGACGACAGGAUGUCCGACAUCGGAAUGGACAGUUUGUCAGAGGGGGACAUCGUAAUGUCAGGGGACGAGCCUCACAGUCCAGACGAGACGGUCCCACAGACUGGUUGCGCUAAAUGGCUUGAGAAGGUGCGAAGAACAUUUGAGGAGCCAGACUCUUCCCUUGCAGCGCAGAUUUUGGCUUCGGUGUCCGUGAUAUUUGUCAUUGUCUCCAUGGUCAUGCUGUGCGCAAGCACGCUGCCGGAUUGGGACACAGCUAAGAGGAAAACAGUGGAAGAGCACAGCCUGUCCUCUCGAGGAAGUCCCGAGGAGGCCAUUUUCUAUAUAAGGAUAGUGGAGGCAGUGUGCAUUGGCUGGUUCACAGCUGAGUGCAUUGUGCGCUUUCUGGUGGCCAGAGACAAGUGUGACUUCAUCCGUCAUCCCCUAAACAUCAUCGAUGUGAUUGCCAUAACCCCCUACUAUGUCACCAUGGCGAUGGCCGGUGCAGGGAUGCCGGGUGCCGGGCUCGGGGUCGUUGGAGUGACACUGCGAGUGCUGAGGAUGAUGAGAGUGUUCUGGCUCAUGAAGCUGGCCAGGCACUUCCUGGGGCUGCAGACACUGGGGCUGACUCUCAGGCGCUGCUACAGGGAGAUGGUCAUGCUGAUGGUGUUUGUCUGCGUUGCCAUGGCGAUAUACAGUGCUUUGGCACAGCUACUCGAGCAUGGCUUGGACUUGGGCUCACGGAACAACGAUUAUGCCAGCAUCCCAGCUGCCGCCUGGUGGGUCAUCAUCUCCAUGACUACAGUGGGAUACGGGGACGUGUACCCAGUGACUAUUGGGGGACGAGUACUCGGGGGAAUGUGUGUCGUGAGCGGGAUUGUUCUCCUGGCGCUGCCCAUCACAUUCAUCUACCACAGCUUUGUACAGUGCUACCACGAACUGAAACUCCGCUCUGCUAGAUACGCACGCAGUCUGUCUGCAGAGGUGCUGCGAUGAAGAUGCGCUCAUGCCAAACGCAUGGCCUUGCUGCUUCAGACACAAACACAACAGAACAGAAGACUCUUGUUGAUUUAGCAACUGUGACCUGACUGUUUCCUGAUUUUAUUUUCUUGCUAUGUCUAGUUUCAGAUCUCUAAUCAUUGUCUUCAACCAGCAAAAGCUCCAACUCAAAAUGUGAGCAUAACAAAAGAGGAAUUUAUUGAACAGACACAGGUAAAGCAAGUCCCAUUUUGUCAGUAGUUGCUGUUUACACUGUAUUCCCAUGGUUACCGCUCAGGCAGAGAUGGCUGCAUCAACUAAGGUGUGUGUGUUUGUUUGUCUGGAUGUCAGCUGCUCAACGUUUCAGAGAUUUACACCCAGAUGGAGCAAGUUACACAAGAUUGAUGUGUGACCUAGAUGCAUUCGGCUAAACUGGUGUGAAAUCAAGAGAAAGAGCGAACAACUGCUAGCAAAGUGGAGAUGUAUUCGACAUGACUCAGAGGACUUGCUUUGGAUGAGCUAAAGCCGACAAUAAUAAAAUAUGGGUACAGGCCAGGAGGGAGUAUGAAGUGUCAGACAAUAACAUGUAGCCAGAUUUGACAGGGCAGGUGGAGCGCGAAACCUAGGAUAAAAACCAUCAUACUCAACAAAAAGGACAGAAUCUGGACAACGCCUCAGCACAAAGAAUGAAUAGAAGCGUCUGUAUAUGUGAGUGAAUGUAGGCAUUUUGUGUUUCUCUGUCUCCAAGGCAACCACAUCCUCUAACAUGCCAAUCAUAAUGGUGGGUUGAUUUCUGUGCACACAAAUAGGCUACAUCCACGCACACCUCCUGGCUGGCACACCACAGUUCUGUCUUGGGACUAUGUGGAAUAAAGUUUAGGAAAAAAAAGAAAACAACAAGUGUGUAAAAAAACUGAGCAGCCGAGUCUGUCACAAAUGAUGGUUCUGACAUUCAUAGUUCACAUUUGCAGCGUUCAUCAUUGCCAAGAAGAUACGAUUUGUUGAAGAGAUACAUGAUCCAAACAAACAAGUCAACACCUCUCCCACACAACAGUCUUUCUCUACAUCUCUUCUCUUCCUCCUGUUGCAGUCAACCAUUCUGUCUUUACACAUGGCCGUAUUAUGAUCCAACUCCUUUGCAAAUCUGUUGAGGAUCUCGAUAAAUUUUAAACACACAUGUAUGUUUCAUGUUUUCAGCACAGCUCUGUAUCCGUUUAGUGUGUGUAUUUAUGACAUCUGAAACGUCUUGUGAUUUUUAAGCAGAGUUCUAAUAUUAAACAGAACACAGUCAAUAUGAACCACCUUUAAUGCAUAAACCAUGUAGCAUUGUUAUAGUUUUAGGCAAAGUUAUUUGAAAACGUCUGUCAAAAUGUUUUCCCAUCAAUUCUGGUAAUGUGAUCAGUGUUUGAGCUUUUCUAAUAAAAUCAUUAUGUGCA